CUUGGCUUGAGACCGACUCCUAGGAUACCAGGAGCAGCAGCCUUUCCUGAACUCAGCUCCUAUGGUCUUCAGAUUCUGGCACAAGAUGAAAGCGUCUGGUCUUCCCAUCUGCCUUCUCUCUGCUGUGUUUUAUCUCUUCUGGACACCUUCUGCUGGGCUGAAGACACUGCACUUGGGAAGUUGUGUGAUCACCACAAACCUUCAGGAAAUGCGAAACGGGUUUUCUGAGAUACGGGACAGUGUGCAAGCCAAAGAUGAAAUCAUUGACAUCAGAAUUUUGAGGAAGACUGAGUCUUUGCAAGACACAAAGCCUGCAGAUCAGUGCUGCCUCCUCCGCCAUGUACUGAGACUCUACCUGGACAGGGUAUUCAAAAACUAUCAGACUCCUGACCACCAUAUCCUCCGGAAGACCAGCAGUCUUGCCAACUCUUUUCUGACCAUCAAGAAGGACCUUCGGCUCUGUCAUGCGCAUAUGACAUGCCCUUGUGGGGAGGAAGCAACGGAGAAAUACAGCCAGAUUCUGAGUCACUUCGAAGAGCUUACGCCUCAGGCAGCAGUGGAGAAGGCUUUGGGAGAGCUGGACAUUCUCCUGCAAUGGAUGGAGGAGAUGGACUAGGAAGACAGUGAUGACCCCACUGGCGGUAGUGCUGGCCAAGAGUCCCAGUCCUCAGUACCCGUGAAGGCCUGACCCCAAAGCACCACCUCACUGCUACACAAUUUAGUGCUGGUCGCUGUGUAUAUUAUUUAUUUAUUUAUUAUUUACUUCCUUAUUGUGAUUGUCCCCAUGAGUUCCCACCCUUAAUCUAGACCAUGGUUUUAUAAGAUUUUGCUAAUAUCUUUUCCACUGU